AUGGCCAGAGGUCGAUCCGUCCCAGCAAGAGCAUCUCCAAAAGAAUCGCCCCCCAGAUCCGAUAAUGGCUACGACAAUAGCAAAUCCAUCACCGCAGCCAUCAUCCCAUCCCCAUCCAUCUCGCCCAUACCUUCAAACGGCUCCAUCAUCACCGCAAGACCCAAUUCCAAACUCCUCCGCAACGCAGAUGCUCUGGCGCGGAUGACAAUUGAGCUCAACGUCCGUGCCAUGGCCACCCAGACAGCGCGGCUGGAAAAGAAUCUGAGCGUCCUCAUGCUGCGCACAAAGGAGGACAAGGAGUUUCGGAAUACUCAUGAUGCGAGGGUGCAGAGCUUGGUGCAGGAGAUUCAGGCGGUGAAGCAGCGCAUGGAGGAAAUUCAGGGGCCGGAAUGGAACAGCAAAAGCAACAAUGACCUAGAGCAGUGUAAAAAGGAUAUGCAUGAAAUCAUCGGGGAGCUGAAGAAGGAAAUGAAAGAGGAAAUGAGUGAUUUGAAGGGCCGCGUUGGCAAUAUCUCUAGUACGCUGGGCAAGCUUCCCACAGUGGCAGAAGCAGAGGCCUUGAUAAGUCACACUCGGGUGACACGCUCUGCAUUGAAGCGCAAGAUGCAAGCAAAACCAGAUGCCGAGAAAUCACGCUCAGUGCCAAAGGAAGCUUACAGAUGUGUUACAAAAGCAGCAAAAACCAUCAAGCAACGUAUCGAAGACGCCAUCAGCUCAACCCGCCGUUGGAACCGCGAUCACAAGAGCACAAAGCUCAUAGACGCCGCCUUCAUUGCCAACUAUCUCAAGCAACAGUCGAAACGCGAUCCCCAGAUGGCAGUGUAUAUCCAAAAGGCCAUCCAGCGGCACGUCUAUCAUAGCGGCCGGCCCAGAUCCAAGACCCGGCCGAGGAAUCUUGAGCAGUUUUGCCAGACAUUGGUGUGGGAGGACGUUCUUGAUACGGUAAAAGAUGUUUUGGUUGAUAAUAGAGUUCAGACUGCCAAGGCUCUUGCACGAGAACUUAUUGCCCUGUUCUAG